UUUAAUUGCUCCCUUUGCCCAUCCUCAAACUCCACCUUCUCUCUCUACCAAUGGCUUCCUCAACACCACUCAACCUCUUCCUCAUCAUGGCCCUAAUUGCCACCUCAUCCAUGGCCCAAUCCCCCUCCGCCGCCCCAACCGUCUCCCCCACCGCCGCUCCAGUCGCGCCCCCCACCGCCACCCCUUCCCCUGCCCCAUCCACCCCUGCACCUACCCCAGCCCCUGUCGCCGCCCCCACCCCCUCCCCCGCCGCCGGAGAACCCUCCCCCGCCCCCACCCCGGGCGCCGCCGCACCGAUCUCCCCCGCUGCCGGGCCGGGGGCCGACCAGUCGCCGGCCGACGGCGGGAACAGCGGAUUCGUGAGCAGAGCUAGCUUCGGGGGCGCCGCCGUGGCGGCGGUGCUUGUGGCGGUGGCUUUGGCUUAGGGACUCCGCCACGUGGACGGCGUAGUUCUGUUUUGGAUGUUUGGUUAUUUAUUUGUCACUGUAAUUUUAUUUUUUUUGGUGUGUGGUUUGUUUAUUUGAUUUGUAGUGGGGAUAAUUUGUUUUGUUGUGAUUAUUAUUUGGGUGAUACUACACAUGGCUCUUGGAUUAUAGGUCGCGGACAUAUUUGUUAUCUAGCGGAGUCACAUGUACAUUGAUCAUCAGAUCCAUCCCUAAUAAAAUUUAUUAUUAUUCUUUUA